AUGUGUCUGGAUGAAGUGCUGCAGUGGUCUCAGUCUUUUGAAAAGCUGAUGGCUACUAAACGACAACUGGGAAAAGGGGAGCAGAUUAAUAUUGACAGUCCAACAAGAGAAGCUAUUAUUAUGAAUAUUCAAAAGCCAACUCCAUCCUGCUUUGAUGAAGCUCAGAGAAUUGUUUACUUGCAUAUGGAACGGGACUCAUACCCCAGGUUUCUUGGGUCAGCAAUCUAUCAAAGCCUUCUCCGUCGUCUCUCAGCCAGGAGGGAGCCAUCCGUGUCUAUCAAAGAGACAGAAUGA